AUGAGACCGCAUAAUCUCGCGGAGGUGGGGCAGGACGCGGCGGAACAUACGGGGCCCAUGGAUCCCCGCCACCCGCUCCCACGAAGCCAGCCCCCGCAGGCAGCGGACUACCAGGACGCACAAGAGACCCCACUGGGUUGUGAAGCAAGAAAGCAGCAAGGGGAGCGACAGGUGUUGCUGGAUGCGCGGCUUGAGAUGAUGACUUCGAACGGUGGAGUGCUUGCUCUACACCAUCCAGCCUCUGGAGGACACGCUCCAUCGUGGUCGGCGCCUGACGCGCCCAUCCGCCACGGCCAUAGCCGCCCUACCGGCCACGGCGCCCACGACCACUUGCAUUCGAGCGCACAAGCGAUGGACGGCAAGACGGGACGCGUUGGCACGGGCGGUCAGGAGAUCGUCCCCCACGACGAGGAGAGUAGAACCUCUGGCGCUUCAACAGCCGCGUCGAACGCGGGGAGGGGGACCGACGAUGCGAGGCGCGACGAUCAGGAGAAUGCUGACGUGUCGAAUGGCGAGCGGGGGAUUGGUGACGACGCGUCCAGCGAUCUCAGGACGGGCUUCGCGACGCCACGUGGCAAGACUCCUCGCGACGGCUCGCCCGCCCCUCCUCGCGUGUAA